AUGGAUCAAUCUGGCCCCUCCAGUUCAUCUGCUCCUAAGAAAACUAUUCGAAGGAGGAAAAAGCUAGGAGGUUACAUGGGUGUUCGUACGAGGGCAGUUGGAAAGUUUGCUGCUGAAAUUAGUGUUCCAAGAAUGGGAAAAAGGUUGUGGUUAGGCUCAUUUGAUUCAGCAGAUAAGGCAGCUAGAGCAUAUGAUGCUGCCCUGUAUUGUGUUCGUGGUGAGUGUGGUAAUUUCAAUUUUCCGGGUGAUAGACGGCCAGAACUCCCCAAGGCUCCCAUGGAUUCACUGUCAGAAGCAGAGAUAAAGGCUAUUGCUAAUAGAUUUGCUUUGUCACGAGGUACCUCAGGCUUAACCCUGGUGUCUUCUUCAGCAGGAACACCGGUGGGUGCUGAUAAAUCAGAUUCUGAUUUACCAGUUUCUAGUGCAGAUGCUAAGAAGAGCACAUCCGAAGAGAAGGGAGCGGAACCAGUAGCAGAAGACUCACUUGAUGGUCUAGAAAUGGAUGAUUUCCAGAAUCUGGACCUUGAAUGGGUGGAUACCCUUUAAGGUGAUCCGAUGGUCCACCUUGGUAACAAGGGAAUUCCCAAUCCAGAACCGACCUUUUUAGUUCUUUUCUAUGCCCCAUGUAACUUCAGUUGUGAUUGUGUGUUUUUGACUGUGGAAUUGUGACAAGCUUGCUUUAGAAACUCUUUGUAAUGGUACUUGCUUUAGUUACUUAUUUGGGGGUAUUGGAACCAAACCUGCAAUUGACCAUAGCAGUAGCAUUAUGAGUUUGAGUGACCCCAAGGUGCCUAGUGGCAUGCCUUUCUGUGAGAUUCUUCUCAUUCAUAUCAAGGAUUGCUACUGUUUAAGUGAAGUUUUGGUUCAUGGGAGAUCAUUUGCUUCCUAUUUUCGUUUUGAGUGAAUUCAGCAUUUGGGUUUUCUUGUUUGUUCCAAAUCUCUGUUAUUGCUUCUACAUGUGCAGUCUUCGUUUUUUGUUCUUGGGUUCGAACAAAAUUCUCCUAUUGUUUGAUUGUUUCCACCCAUUUUUUUAGGGUGCUUGAGUGAGAGUCGCCGUGAUGGUUGUUGCAUUUGCAACAAAGAGGAAG